AUGUCCAUAGUUUCAGAAGCACCUGGCUACUUGCAGCUGUUCUCCGAUGGCUCGGUCAAACGCUUGCAUCCAGAAUCAGUCCCUCGUUCCUGGGAAGAAUCACUAUCGCCAAAUGGGUUCAAGUUCAAGGAUGUUACCAUCGACCCAUCAAAGCCAAUAAGUGCUCGGAUGUUCAUUCCGGUUGAUCAAGAAUUGAAUCUUAAGCUUCCUGUUCUGGUCUAUUUCCAUGGUGGUGGUUUUUGCAUUGGCUCGACCACGUGGUUGGGCUACCACUAUUUCCUUGGAGACUUGUGUGUCAAAUCCCAAUGCAUCAUCCUCUCCGUGGACUACCGUCUUGCACCAGAGAACCGCCUGCCAAUAGCAUAUGAGGAUUGCUACAGCUCACUCGAGUGGCUUGACCGACAAGUGGCCUCUGAGUCUGAACCUUGGCUUCGAGCAGCUGACCUCUCGCGAGUCUUUCUAUCUGGAGAUAGUGCUGGAGCUAACAUCACCCACCAAGUCGCCAUUAAAGCAUCCAGGAACAAAGAUCAUCGUGUUAGUGUAAAAGGGUUGUUGAUGAUACAUCCUUAUUUUGGAAGUGAGAAGAGAACAGCAAAGGAAAAUUCUGAUGAUGCAGUUCGGGAUGUGAAGAUGAAUGACAUGUUCUGGGGACUAAGCAUACCUGAAGGGGUAACCCGUGAUUACUACGGCUGCAACUUUGAGAAGCAACUAGAUGUGUCUGCUUCUGAGUGGAGUGCAUUCCCAGCUGUGACUGUGUAUGUGGCUGGCCUGGAUUUCUUGAAGGAGAGGGGAGUGAUGUAUGCAGAAUUCUUGGCUAAGAAAGGAGUUAAGGAGGUGGCGCUCGUGGAUGCCGAGAAUCAGCCACACAUCUACCAUGUGUUUGAUCCUGAAUCUGAUGCAACUCGGUUGCUUCAGAGUCAAAUGUGCAAGUUCAUAGAGAGUCAUUAA